GUAGUGGAUUAUCAACCUGUGUAAGAAAUUACGAGAAAGUUGGUUGUUAUGACGAGUAUAACGCAGAUGUGAAGGACCUCGUUGUCUAUGACCGUUUCGGGAUCAAGUGGGCCGAUAUUGCUGGAUAUAUGCACCAUCUAGCAUGCACUUGCGAAUCAAAGGUAAAAGCCGCUAACGAAGGAAGAACUCCAGCAGAGCAAUACGUUGGCUUUGCUCUACACUUCUGGGGAGAAUGCUAUGGCAGAACACAGGCUCAAAUUGAUUCAUUGGCCACCAGAAGUAAAUCUGAACGAUGUACCGGUGAUCAAACCUACAAAAAGUGCUAUGAUACAAACCCAGAGUGCACUGGCCAUGCUUUUUCUGAAUUUGUGUACAAGCUGAGUCCAGUUAAAGAUGUUAUUCAAAAAGUGCGAGGAUGCGAUCUCAGCGGGGUUACAAUCACUUGUGCCAGGGGAACAAUCAAAAUAGAAAAUGUAAAAUAUGGCAAGCGAACCUCAAGCAUAUGUGGCGAUCCGCUGUCGGUUGGAUGGGAUGAUAAAUGCCAGAAUGCUGGAGGACAGACAAUCAUCCAUUACGGGAAUUUUUGCUCUGGAAGGGCAACUUGCCAUAUACCAGAUUGGGCAAAAGACCCAGAUGAUCCUUGUCCAGCUGUGAAGAAGUUCGUUGAUAUUUCCUAUCUUUGCAAAAUGUAAAAGAACAAGAUUUAACUUGAACUGCUGACAUUUUUCUUCAUUUAAACAAGUUUUAUUUAAACAUAAAAUCAAUAUUUUAAUCAAAAAAAUAAAUCCAUUUAUUCAUUAACAG